AAGGCCUCGGAUACGAAUGCUGCGUGUCCUCCAGAGCCAGAUGAGAGUAUAAGAUUAAGAAACGGAGGCAAAGAUGAGGACCGUGGGAAAAUGUACUUAAGAAGUUGAAGGUGACUAUACCGGGGAUUGUCCCAUUCGACCAAAUUACGACUUUCACGAUUCAAUCUUUGUCUACGAUACCCCAUCAUGAACCAGCUACAGCCACCGCCACCUUCCAAGGUCCAACGCGUCUCGAAAGUAGCCGAGGAGAAAGAUGCAGACUUUAUUGCUCUGCGAAUGCUCAACAAACGAGCACGCGUGAGGAUAUCACCAGAGCCAUUGCAUCUGGAGUUACUUCCUGGGAAGGGUGAGCUCUUCGCCGUGGCAAAUCGACUGGGUGAAGGGUGCUUUGCUGCUGCAUCUCGAAGCCCCGAAGGGCAAUACAGUGUCAUUGCAUCACCAUUGGCGGAUUUACGUGCGGCGUUCUCCUCAUCGCCUUCUGACGGCGAAAUCGUGUUCAAGCCAAAAGUGUCAAUACCGCUUUCUGCUACACCUAAUAUCAUUACUUUCGCUGCUCAGGAAACCAGACUCAUCGUCGGUACAUCUCAGGGACAAAUCAUCGUGUACGAUGUGCAGCAAUUGCUUGCGGGCGGUUUCAAUGCUCUUUCCCCCUUAUUCACGUUCGCCUCCACGACAGGUCGUGCCGCCAGACAGAUUUUGCCAAAUCCCGAGGGUGUUCCUGAACUCGUAGCUGUUCUAUAUGAUUUCGACGGUAGUGCUGGCAGCCCGGCUGUUCAAAUUCUGGAUGUAGUGAAGAUGCAGCCUGUGGCUGGAAUCACAUCAGGUGGAACACCAGAGACCACUCCAACAACGCUUUCAUGGUCCCCGAAAGGCAAACAGAUCGCAAUCGGCUUACAAAGCGGUGACAUUGUCACCUUCAGUCCUACAGAUACAUCCAAAAUCAAGACCUGUAUUCCGAGACCCUCGUCGCUACCUUCGCAUCCCAUUCUUUCAACAACAUGGCUGGCAAACCCUGAUUUCCACUCCAUAUAUAUUGCUCCAGGGCCAUUGACCCCCGAUACCGAACAGUCACAUUUAUUACUCUCCUUGGACGCGAAAACAAAUACUGCGACAGAGGUGAAGCUGACAACACCAUAUUUACCGUUUCCCGGCUUGCGCUUGCCUGGAGCAUUCAUUGCCCUCUUCCGUAAUUGGGACCCAGCCAAGUUCUUGCUCUUCGUAGGCGACAGUACGUCGUCCGAUAUUGGAUUGAUUGGAUGUUUGUACGAUUCUUCCACGCCGAACAAUGAAUCAUGGUGCAAUCUGAUGUUAGAAGAGACCUCUACACCAACUGUUCCUCUGGAUAAGGAUAUGAAUGAAACCGUGCUAGUCGGUCUUACGCUAGACCUCACAGGCAAGGAAACGUUCGCACAUACAACUGCAUCUGGAGAAGACCGCAUCCUACCUCCUCCGCCAGUUAUGUAUGCAUACGCCAGUGACGGUACUGUUGUCGGUUGGAGCGUGUUGAACACAAAGGGUACGCCAUAUCCAGGUAUGGCAACUGCGACUACACCUUUGCCCAUAAGCCAAGCUCCCAGCGUAGAGCCAAUGGAAGCUUCAGCUGAGCCUGCAAAACCUGUCCCAUCUGGAUUCGGUGCUUUUGGUCAAACUGCUACUACAACAUCCGCUUUUGGUCAACCUUCGGCUUUUGGACAACCGUCAGGGUUCGGGCAACCUAGCGCCACCUCAGCUUUUGGACAGAGUUCCUUUGGUCAACCAUCGGCAUUUGGAUCGGGAUCUGCGUUUGGGGCAGGACCUCCAAGUGCAUUCAACCAGCCAUCGGCGUUUAGUUCCACAAGCACACCAUCUGCAUUCCCAUCUGCCGCUACUGGAGGUGGCUUUGGCGCGUUUGCAGAUGCAGGACCUGCGAAGUUUGGCCAGCCAUCAUUGUCUGCAUUUGGAGGUGCUAGUGACUCGUCAUCCAGGCCGCCUAUCGAGAGCUCGAUGUCUGUCCAGAUGUCCACAUCUGAAGAACCAAUGGCAGCAGACAAUGAUAAUGCUCCCGCACUGGGUGGCCUUUCCCUAGGUGGCGAUCGCGAAACAUCGAAGCCGAAGUCUGUUCUCGGCGGCGCCACGGGCCUGUUUGGAUCGUUACCGUCAACAACACCAUCUACGACCGACACAAGUAAACCCACUUCCGCAUUUGCGCCGACAAGUGCAUUCGGUGAUGGAAGCUCUACCAGCAUUCUCAAACCUGCGACUGGAUUUGGCGCUUUUGCAAACACAGGCCCCUCUCCUUUCGCCGCUACAUCUGCUUUCGGAUCCGGCACUUCAGCAUUCGGUUCUGGUGGUGAACAAAACAAGCCAUCUACUGCGUCACCGGCGUUCGGUACUACAGGCUUUGCAGCUGCUAAGCCAGCAGCGCCUGCCUUUGGACAAACUAGCUUCGGUGCUGCCAAACCAGCGACGGCGACAUUUGGUCAAUCUAGCUUCGGGAAACCAGGACUUGGUCAACCCGCUUUUGGACAGACAAGCUUUGGCUCCACACCAGCAUCUCCAGCACCCACUACAACCUCAGGCGGUGCGUUCUCUGGCGGCGGCGGAUUCAGCGCGUUCGCGUCAGCUGGUCCUUCAGCUUUUGGAGCAGUGGCGGGAGCUGCAAACGGUGCCAAGCCAGUCUGGGCUAGCGGUGGUGACAAAGUUGCAGCUGAGAAGCCGGAACAAGAAGAGCGCAAGGAGCAAGUCGAGGAGCCUAAAUCAGUGCCGGCUCCGCCAGCUACCGUGACAAAGGAGGCGGAGGUUAUUACUCCACCGCCAGAGAUACAGGCAGAACCCGAAACUGCGAAGGAAGCUGUUGUCGAGAAGCCGCCAUCAAGUACUGAGGUAGCUGCCGAAACCACGCCUACUCCCGCUCAGCCCACAACUACGACACCUGCUACCUCUCCGUGGGGUGAGGUUAGCCCAGGACCAAAAACGGGAUUGUUCGCCAACCUACAAAAUCACCCUACAGGAUUCUCUAAGCUGGAUUCGGGUUUCGGUGCUUUUGGCGGCGGCGUCAACACAAGUUCGCCCUUCUUCAACCCACCAAGAAUAGAGGGCAGUGUCUUCGGGAAACCCUCCACAGAACCAGCAAAACCUGCUUUAAGCGCUUUUGCCGGGAAGUCAGUAUUUGGCCAGCCCUCCACCCCAGAAGGUUCACCAGGCAAAGCUCCCGUGACACCUCCCUCAGGAAUUGCGUUUGGGUCUACUAGUCCUUUGGGCAAAGCGGCACCUGCUUUCGGCAAACCAAGCUGGGGAACACCACCUACACCAACUACGCCCACUACUCCCGAAGUUAGCCCAGCCAAAUCUGCUGCUGCUGCUGUCAAUGCUUUCAGCGCCUUCAGCGGGACCAAAAGUGCAUUUGGAGCUAUUGCGGAAAGCCAGAAGAAAGACUUCAGAGAACUCCUGCUAGAAGAAAAGGACGAGCCCAAGCCGGUAUCAGUAUUUAGCAAGCUUCCUCCUUUGCCAACGCCCCCAAGUCCAGCCAAAGGCAAGGCCCCUGCUGCUGAGGUUGAAGAGAGCGAGGAGACGGAAAGUUUUGAUGAGCAAUAUCUUGUCGAAGGCGAACCUGGGUAUGAGGAUGAUGCGAGUUCAUUCCUGUCAGAAGACUUCUCUGAGGGUUCAUACCCUGAGGAGGGGGAAGAACAACCGCCGUAUGCUCUUGAAGAAGAAGAAGAACCCGAAUCCCCUCCCGUCGGUUCUCCCAGUGAGGUCGCGGUCAAUAUUCCCCUACCGAAGAGCCCGACUCCUCAGCCACGGGAGAGGUCUCCGACCCCGAAGGAAGCUACACCCAACAUACAGCUCACCACUCCUUCACCUCCUGCGACUCCCGGGCUAUUAGAUAAGGUUGCGCCCAAAGAGGUACCUCGGAGAGAAGAGAGCACUACACCCCCCGGUUCACCCGUGAGACCAGCUUCACCUCCGCCAGCUGCGGCUCCUGUACCUGUAGUCGUUCCAAAGCCCAUACCUUCCACCACACCGGCAAUAGGUCUUGGUAGACCGUCAACUAGACCUGCGCGAAGUUCGCCAUUGGCCAGCGCCCCCAUCUCCGGUGACGAGAGCUCUGAUGAGGAGAAGACAACCGUUACACCAUCAAUAUCUGCACCCCCAGCCGUUCGGAAAGUUUCCUCUAGACCACAAACACCUCCUUUGUUGUCCAAGAUACCGACUCCACCGAAACCUACGAGCAUUUUCUCCACUCCACUCACUGGAUUCGGUCUGCCACCGAAACCCGCUGUAAGUACGGAGGCUGCUCCUCCAUCUGCCCCACCGCCACCUGUAGGAGGCCUAUUCGGCAAAGCUACUCUUGCUCCUACGGUUGACAAGGAGACCGCAUCGCUCUCUACUGAGGUCAAGAGUGCAUUCCCGCCUUCUAGUGGUAUCUUCGGACAGAAGCCGACAUCUGUAUUCUCCGCAUCGCCGUCCACAGGUUUCUUUGGACAGAAGCCCAGCCCACCCACUGCACCUGCAUUUGCUACACCUCCUACGAGUGUGUUUGGACAGAAGCCAGUAACACCGCCAUCGCUACCCACUGGUGGAUUGUUCGGACAGAAGCCUCCUGUUGUUGCACCUCCUUCUGGAGGACUGUUCGGGCUCAGAGAUGCUUCGAUUUCUAAGCCUGCUGCAGCACCGUUAAUUUCGCCACCUUCUGGUGGAUUAUUUGGCAAGCCCUCGGUACCUACACCAGUCCCGGCAGCACCCAAGGCACAGGAGGUCUCUGUAGAAGAAGGCAUGCAGGCGGAAUGUGCUUAUCUUUUUGUGACAUUGGCAAAGGAACUCGAUGCACUUCGUUUGCUCGCUGAGGAAGCCAAGCAAAAGAAAGCAGAGCUUUACAAACCAUCUCGAGGUGUAAAGAACCUUGCUGAUCUUCCAGAUUCAUCGCAAUGGGCUCUGGGCGAUGUCGUUGACUACGGGCGGAUCAUGAAGACGGUCGAAAGGGACAUCGUAGAGUUGAAGGAGUUGCGAAGUGGUCACAAGAAAGCGAUCCGCGAUUUGGAACGGACUGCGCUCAGAACUAACAUGAGGAAGGAAGAGAUUGCUCGCUUCAGCAAGGCUAGUACGGAUACUGAGCUUGCGAGGAUUCUGAAGGCCAGGACACUCAGUCCGGAACAUUUGGAGACGCAGAGUCAGUUGCGAAGGGAAAUCAGGGUUAUACGUGACAGGAUCCAGAAACUGGAAGAUCAUCUUCAGGCGUCGAAAAAGAGGUUGAACCAGAUCAAGUCCGGCAAACCAGCUGUUCAUGCACCUUCUUUGGAUACUAUCAACAGGACAUACCGUAACAUUGAUACCGCCAUCGCUCAACAACUCAACGAUGUUUCACAUCUCGCCGGCCGUAUGUCAAAGCUGAACCUGAAACCCUCCAGAAAUUCACCGGCGCCCAAUGACCAUGACAAACGAAUGCCCGAGGAUAGUUUCCUGGCUCUUACGAAAGAAGACAAACGCAUCAUCCCGUUGAACGUCACUCCCAGCAUAGCUGUCACCACAGCCGCUGCGUUGAACGCCGAGAGAGCAGCGCAGAGGCUUAAGAAAGCACUGCUAAAGGUCCGCAGGGAGCCACUAUUGAACACACAAGCUGUUGAAGCAUCUGCCACUCCGGUAGACUUCAAAACGCCUCAAAAGCCGUCUGUCAAUGGUGUCUUGGUUUCCGGCUCACCAUCGACAUCUUUCAGCUUGGGUGGUGCGACUUCUACUCCUGGGGCAUCGUUUGAGACACCGAAGUGGAGUUUACCACCUUUCGAUCUCUCUCCUGAAUCGCCUGGGUCGCCGUCGGCUUCACCAUCCCAUGGUGCAGGCAUGCGUCAACGGACGAACAAGAACCACACACCUGCUCCUAAGUUGAAGAAGACUCUUGGUGCUGCUGGAACGUCCCCGCCUGCGGGACCUCCUGGAUUCAGUUGGGGUCCUUUGCCGCCUGUUGUUAAUCAAGCUCCGAAGACUGUUUUACCUUUCUCCUUGUCCCCGCAGAAGUGAGGAUUGUUGUUGUUUAUAUUGUUUUUACCUUUCCUAGCACGCUUGUACAUGUCACGUCUUACAUACAGACUGUAUUGUACAUUUUUUUGUCAGCACUCCAUGAUGAUUAUACUAUCAACUUGACAUCUCUCUCUUCUUCUCCUGCUC